ACACUCUAGCCGACCUUAGCUAGACCUCCUGAGCAACCGUGACCUACCUACUUGUGACCCUGAUAACAUUAUCCGGUCGUCCAACGAUUGCCCCGACGGUCCGUCGCAGACUAGUCAGGCCAUCGCAUCAGAACGAACAUUUGAAAUUCUGAGCUCAGCCUAGCCUUAGUCACAUCCCACUCUUGACACUCCUUUCUUCCCCCAACAAGCUCUCGACGCCCAGAAGCACAGACCGUCCAAGGAGGUUGUAGGGACUAAAUCUCGGAUUUGUCGUAUCAUGCGGGGCUUGCUAUUUUCGACAUUUCCCACCUUCACUUGUUUUUUUGGGCUCACAAAUGGCCUUCAAAUUACCAUGGCGGACACGAUCACGCUCAACGUAGCGACAACCCUCAGUUAUGUGACGGAAUCAACGGAUCCCUCCAAUUGGCUUCUGCGCAAUGUUUAUGCCAACGGCACCACUCAAAUAGGCGGAGUACAGUCGGGAACGGGCACAGCCAGUUUUACUUUUCAAUCACCAGGCCCGCAUUUUCUUCAAGCAGUAGCCUACAACGAUUCUACUUCUGCAGUCACUUCUCAACCUUUCUAUACUGGCAAUCUGUUUACACCUGUUUCGAGCUCAGGUGCAUCUUCGUCUGCUGCAUCAGCAUCAGCAUCGAGCACGUCAUGUCCUUCCUCAUCCUCCUCGGUCUCUGCCUCACCUAAUGUCGGAGCAAUUGCCGGUGGAAUCAUUGGCGGGCUUGGGUUCCUUUCCGCAUUGAUAUUCUUCGUGCUGUGGUUCCGACUACGCAGAGAUUACAACCGAAAACCAAAUUUUGGUCAAACCGUGAAAGAAGCUAAUGGCGGUGGUGUUGUUCUUACUCCCAUUAUCGUUCCGCCAUAUCAAGGUCCACCCCCAACUCAAGCUGCCUCCACUUCGAUUUCCCCCACCUCUACUACGGAUUUGAGUUCUCCCAUUUCUCGACUGCAAGGUACCAUAAAAAGGAGACUACCUGAAGUUCCCAUGUCGGGUGUAGCGACGGGGCCAAUGGAUUCGGCAACCAGCCCAGGGAGCCAGAGCCAAUCAACGUUCCCGUCCUCGUAUUCGCAACAUGCACGCACUGAUUCUGCUGGUGAAGGAGGCGUCGUGCGGGAGCUUUCUGACUUGAGAAGGGAGGUGCAAUGGUUGAGAAAUGACAUCCACGGACCCCCUCCCAGCUACUAGUCGAUUUUCAUGACUUGCCUAUAUAGUGAACUCUGAUACAUUAGUAAUACCUUCGUUUCGAUUUUUCCCUUUCACU